AUGCAUACUUCACUGGUGAAAAGUGAGGACGGCAUCGGCCACAAGAAGCUCCUCAAGUACCCGUUCGAGUGGGCCAUCUGGUACCCGGACGGCAACGUGCGCACCAACUGGUACACGCACACCCUCAUCGUCUUCUUCUUCCAGACGCUGCCCGCCUACUUCGUCGACUUCAUCUUCCUGUGCCUCUUCAUGGAGCGCUUAGUGAUCGAAAGUCGAAUUAUUGGAAAAAAUUCCUGGAAAAUUGAAAUCCCUGCUCCCUUCUGCCGCAGUCUGCUGGGCCGCCACCCCAACUGCUACACCUUCAGCAAGGCCCUCUCCGAAGCGGUGGUCGCCGAGUUCGCCGGAAAGAACAUACCGAUCUGCAUCAUGAGGCCUGGAAUCGUGACGCCCGCUUUCAAGGACCCCUUCCCCGGCUGGGUGGACAGCCUCAACGGGCCGAUCGGCGUGCUCGUGGCCUCCGGCAAGGGCGUGCUGAGGUCCAUGAUGUGCAACGAGAAGUACGGCGCCGAGGUGAUUCCCGUGGACGUGUGCAUCAACCUAGUCAUCGCCGCGGCGCACGCGCGCGCUCAAAUGCCCCGCCAGCUGCGCGAGGUGCCGGUCUACAACGCGUGCACCGGCUCCAAGGACCGGACGACGUGGAGGCAGGUCAUCGAGAUCGGCCACAAGAAGCUCCUCAAGUACCCGUUCGAGUGGGCCAUCUGGUACCCGGACGGCAACGUGCGCACCAACUGGUACACGCACACAUGGUGCGCGUCCAGAAGAAGAUCCACUCGGGCAGCGAGCUGCUGGCCUUCUUCACCAUGCGCGAGUGGAUCAUCGACAACGACGCGGCCUGGUCGCUGUGGAAGAUGCUCAACCCCCGCGACCAGGAGACCUUCUUCUGCAACAACAUCCUGCCGGUGGACAAGGACGCCUACCUGGACAGCGUCGUGUUCGGCGCCCGCACCUACUGCAUGAAGGAGCCGGUCUCCUCGCUCAAGGCGUGCCGCCGCCGCAUCACAGUGCAAUACUUUUUGCACCGCAUCUGCGUGGCGCUGUUCUACAUGUACGCCGUGUACCUGGCACUCCAGGUCUUCGGCUACUUCGCCGGGGACGUGUCCAGUUACCUGCCGCUGGCAAUGUCGCCGCCCCUGACCUCCCGCACCGGCCAGGGCGUGUGAGAGAGCACGCUGUUCCGAAGUCUGUCGUCGUCUUCUUCUGCCACACACUUUCCGCGGGCGUUUAUGAUCUUUAGACUGUAACGAGAUCUGUAAAGCAGCUUUCAAGUCAUUGAAAAAUUGCCAUACACUUUAUUAAAAGCAGCAACAAAGGUCUGUAUGCUCGUUCACUGCUGCACUGGACCCGAGGACCAGGUUCGGUAUGCGUCGAAUCCAAUGAUAUAUUGCUCAAUAUAUGAAAACCUGCCUGCCUUCGCCAUUCCUGUCCUUUAACGUGGAGACUGAUUUUAGUCAUUCGGGUAAGGUGUUGAUGUCUCUCUUUGUAUCGCUCGUCUGUAUUUUGUUGGUGUUUGGGGUGCUGACGCUGACCCCUGUCUCAUCCCUCCAGCCUCCCGGGUCCGAAUGGCCAAUAUACGUCAUCAUUUUAUUAAUUAGGCAUAAUAAGAUACUAGUAUUGCGUUUCAUAGACGUAUGAAAGUCAUGGGAGCACGAGGUUGUGGUUCGGUCCAAAAGUACUUGGACGUGUAAAUGUAAUUCGCGUGUCAGUGGGCACAUUUGUAUUUAUUCGUGAAUGUCAUGUUGUUUCAUUGGUUGUUUGCUGUUUGCUAUCGGUCAAGAACAGAAACGUCCACGUCCAAGUCGUAAAAUUGUAGAUUAAACCAAAUUAAAUCUGUUAGCUUGUAAGAUUGACACUCCUUGUAUAUUGUAAACAUUAUUGUAUAUAGUGUGUAUACCAGUAUUCAUUCUCGCUGUAACCACAAAAAAAGCAUAAAAAGCAAAAUCAACAUGUAAAAAAAUAAAAAACAGAAACUUCUUUUA